UGCCGGCGAGGGCACAGCGCGGGCAGCGGCUUCUGGACUGCGCGAUGAGCGGAGGGACUGGGCUGCCGAGAUGGCCCGAAGAGCCACAAAGCCGCCUUCUUCUGCGAUAACCAGCUCCGUGACCGCAAACUAGGGCAAGACGGGCCAAGCCUCUCAGUUGUAAAGGCUUCAGUGUCCUUUGUCCCCAAUCAAAGGCCAGAGACAAUAGCCAGGGCAGGCUGUCGUGCUGGCUGUCCCCAGCAGCCCCCCUGCACGGCUGGCAGAGCAGCCUCUGAAGUGGAAAGCAGAAACAGUUCCCUGCCUGUUCACUGGCGACAGCAGGUAACUCCCGAGACUGCAGACAAGAGGGGAAGAUGAAGGAAGACUGCCCACCCAGUUCUCACGUCCCCAUCAGUGACAGCAAGUCCAUCCUGAAGUCGGAGCUCUUAAGCUUGCUAAAAACUUACAACUGCUACCAUGAGGGCAGAAGCUUUCAGCUGAGACACCGAGAGGAAGAAGGUGCUCUGAUCAUCGAGGGGCUUCUCAACAUUGCCUGGGGCCUGAGGCGGCCUAUCCGGCUCCAGAUACAGGACGACAGGGAGCGCGUGCACCUUUCCUCAGCCUCUUGGACACCUGGACAGCCCAGCUGCCCCCUAAAGGAGCCACUUCUUCAGGAUGGCAGGGUCCCUGCCCAGGAGCCGAGUGCUCAGACUGCACACGGGGCUGAGAGUUCCAAAGAUAGCUCAGAGCCCCUGGAGGAGGACGAGGAGACCCCCCAGCUGAUGCGGACCAAGAGUGACGCAGCCUGCGUGAUCCAGAGGAGGCCCCGGGCCCGUGCGCCUGGCGAGGCCCAGAGGGUCCGGCGACAUCGCUUCUCCAUCAAUGGGCACUUUUACAACCACAAGACCUCAGUGUUUACUCCUGCCUAUGGGUCGGUGACCAACGUGAGGGUCAACAGCACCAUGACAACCGUGCAUGUGCUCACCUUGCUGCUGAACAAGUUCCGUGUGGAAAAUGGUCCCAGUGAGUUUGCACUCUACAUUGUUCAUGAGUCUGGGGAGCGAACAAAAUUAAAAGACUGUGAGUAUCCACUGAUUUCCAGAAUCCUGCAUGGGCCAUGUGAGAAGAUCGCCAGGAUAUUCCUGAUGGAAGCCGACCUGGGCGAGGAAGUUCCCCACGAUGUCGCUCAGUACAUUAAAUUUGAAAUGCCGGUGCUGGACAGUUUUGUUGAAAAAUUAAAAGAAGAGGAGGAAAGAGAAAUAAUCAAACUGACCAUGAAGUUCCAAGCCCUGCGUCUGACGAUGCUGCAGCGCCUGGAGCAGCUGGUGGAGGCCAAGUAGCCAGCUAGCAGAGGCCUCUUCUGAAGCCCCCCACAGCCAGUGCACCUGCAUGCGGGUGGCCAGGCCCCGACUGAGGAAUUUCAGCCCCUGUGCUUCUACAUGUCUGUCUGCCUGAGUGCCAUGCGUCCCAUGUCCUUGGCUCUUGGCUCCAAGCUGAGCACUCACGGGGCCCAGAGCCAGGCCUGAGGAGCCACGACCUUGCUUGGUGCAGUCUAUGUCUGAGGCUUGCCUGGGCAGUAUGCAGCCCUGAAGCUGGGGCACUGGCCACAUGAUGUGGCUGGAUGGCAUGGCCAGUCCUGUUCCUGCCACCCCUCUCUUGCUCAGGAGAGUGGUAUGUGAUCAAGCCCGUGGGGUGUGUGCUCUGCUUUCCCAGUGCCUAGGCCCAGAGUUUCUGCCUGGCCACAAGCCCCUGACCUCUUCAUCCAAGUGAACCAUGAGAUCCUUGUCUGCCUUCACCUCAUGCUGCUGCUCAAGGCUUUGCUG